GCAGAUUUGACUUUUGGGACUCGACGUUCUCUAUAUUUAAAAUGAAGACUCGUGCAACCAAAAGCUCUGGAAAGCCAACCACCGAGAACAUCGAGUCUACGAAAUCUGCAGGUCCAAAAGUCCAAUUAGGCGCAGACUCGACCAACCCUUCUCAGCUCUUCGUAUUACCGGAAGGUAUUACCAAACAAGCUCGAAUUGUCACUCUCCAAAACCCAAGAUUUCUCGACGAAAAUCGAUAUGUCGUUUGCCCGGAGCGCGGAUUCUACGAAUUCAAAGCAUUUACGGAACCAAAGACCACCCCCCGGAGCUGGCUGCUUUCGCAAGAGGUGAUUGCGGGACAGGAUGGAGCGGAGGGAACAUUAUAUGCCGAAUUAGAUAUCAAGAGAACUACCGAACCAAAAGGCUAUGUCACUCGAAACGCAAAUUUGUUUAUUGCAACGCCGAUCGAUUCUCUAUUUCUCAUUUUACCAGCUCUUGCACCUCUCCCGACGUCGAAGAGUGCGGAAGCACCGAAUAAAUUAUUCCUCACCGGCGAUGAUUACCUCGAGAAGCUCGCAUCUGCCUCUCCGCAAUUCAACUCUUUCUUGAGAACGGAAUCAAUACGAGUUGCCUUGGAAAAGAGAAUGACAGCUGUAUGCGAUACAGUCGAAGCAGGGGAUGAAACAAUGUAUCGAUUGAACGAAGGGAAACUGCUGGACGAAAUAUUGAGGAAGGCUAAGAAGAUGAUGGGUGCAAGUGGACUGCCUGCGAGCAUGGAGGAGAAACUUGUACGGAAAGCACUUGAUGUGCCAAUAUUGGGUAUAAAUCGAGAGGAAAGCUUGCAGAACCGAAACGAGGAAGACUCAAUCCCUGCCGAAUCAGGGAGUCAGACAUCGGCCGCAUGCACUCCAGACACUCAGACCACUGUUUCGUCAACGGACACUGCAACGAGCUCCUUUGCUGAAGCUUCAACAGCAGCCACCUCAUUCACCGACGAGUCUUUGAGUCUUCCGCCGAUUCAGAAGUUGAAAACACUACCUGCAAUCAACGCUCCGGAUGGAGUUGCUGAUCUUCUGAGACUCCGGACCGCCCUGUUCUUCAUUUGCUCCAAUUAUGUCCCUCCUCAUCUCAGCGAAAGCAUCAAAAAGAUGCUGGUCUCGUCGAGCUCGAAAGUCGACUUCAGCCGUCUGGAUUCCCAUUUGGCCCACCUCGCUAGAAUGAGGCAAGAAGCUGUGUCGAUGAGAUCCCUUGGUGACUUCUCACGGAAAAGAUCCAUGAUCGAGGACGAGGAUAGUGAAAUUCGGGCUGAGAAGAAGAGGAAGAAGGAGGAGGAGGAAAAAAGAAACAAAUCUGGAGUGAGUAGAGGGGUAAAGAACUUGAAAAAGGUCAACACAAGCGGGAUGAAGAAAAUGAGCGACUUUUUUAAGAAAAAAUAGAGGAGUCCUGUUGGCAAUGUUUUGCGUAAGGUGCCUGGGAUAUGGGGUUUAGGAUUAUGAGAUUCUUGUAUGCGUCUGGCGUUUGGAUGUAAGACUAUUUGGCUCGGAAAUAGAGAGCAGACCCAGUGGUCAAUUACACUGAAUAAUACCAUUCACGUCUUGAUCGGCUUGGUCGAUUCGAAC